AACACAAAGAAAAAGGAAUAUGGAGACAAGUUGGAAAAGCAUUGUCUAACGUGUGGCAUGGAAACAAAGAAAAGGAAAAUGAGUAUGAUAUUGGUAUGCGACUCUCAGUGCAUUCUUUCUCUGGUGGAGUGCAGGAAUUAAUACAGAAAGGAUGCACUGGCGUGGAGAUUUUUGAGAAAAUCUCAAUGGUGUAUGAUUGCCUCAGAAAAACAGAUGACAGAUCCACAGAUAAGCAGAAGUUUGAACAGUAUAUACAGUCAUGGAUACUGGAACAGUGGGAAAAAUUUGAUGUGGAAAACGCUACUGUUGAGGUGAAAAUCAUUAUGGCUGUGUUAACAUUGUGGAUGCUCAUGGAAUAUAGAAUAAAUAUUCCUCAUGACUUCUGGAGAAGAGUCGCUACAUGCAUGAUGAUGCAUGCAACCAAGGAUGGUCAGAAGUACCAGUGUCAAGAAUGGAAUGCAUUCGUGAGGAACUUCAGUGGGGUAGAAAGUAAACUGUUGAGCAGCCUGCUGAAUAUCUGCAAAGCUUGUAUGAAACAUAUUGGAGAAAAAGGCCUGGCCUGGUUGUGCUUGGUGCCAUGGGUUCACUUCAUCAACAAAGAUUGUGAACCAUGGGGAUCAUGUGAGAAACAGGGAAAGCAUAAUGACUGCUCACCGAGAUGGUGGGGAACCCACCUUUUCUCCAAUGAAAUCGAAGACUGCAAAUCCAGGCUAUCUGCUAAUGAGACCAUGGAUAGUUUUCUCUGGGACAUCAUACCACAACUUAUUCCACUGUUUGAGAUGGACAUGCUACUUCCCAGGACUGUCAUGGCCUUGACCAGUCCAAGACACCUGUCCAGAAUUAUCAAAAUGAGGGCAUUCCCAGCUGAUGUGUUGAUAGCUACUCUGUACUAUUACAUCAAAACACUCAGUCUGUACGAUUACAGAAGAAGACUUGAUGAAGAACAAAAGAUGAAAAUGGAAUGUGAGGAGAGUCUCUAUCAUUUGCUAGAUGCAGCGUCUCAGAUUUCGUACAAAGACAUGGUGAAUACAGGCAUAGAGAGGUAUGCAGUCCAAGAGUCAUAUGCAAGGAAUGCUGUUGAUAUCAGUAGAGACUUUUUCCUACUAGUCUCAAAGUCCUAUCGUGCCCCAGAGGCCACUCUAAUUCCACCAGCAGGCAAACUUGGUGUGAUGUGUGUAGACCGACUAGCAGAGCUUCAUGAAGUAUUGCCUCCAGAAACAGAUCCCAAAACACAAGAGAAAAACAAAAAGAUGGUCAUUGAGGUAUAUCAAAAAUACAAAAAAGGAAUUGUCAGAUAUUUGGAACAUCUGGAUACCAUCUGGAUAACAUUUGGAACAAUGAGCACUGGAGAAAACUUAAUGGUGAAAAACGACCUUUUCUGCAUGAAGUUUUGCUGUGUGUGGUUGGAGAACAUGUGGCACGAAGCCUUAGUUGGGAACUUGCAGAAUGGACUUCUCAAGGAUAAAAGCACUAAAAUUCUGGACUACUACACUCAUACCAGUACAGACUUGAAUUCCCUCCACCAUCGUCUGCGUGAAAUUUUAAAUCGAAGAGCUUUUGGGCAGUUGGAAAGACUGUGCAAGGAAGUUGACAGCCGUGCAUAUCAUUGGAAGGAAAAAGACCUAAAGAGAUUCGCUGCUUUGCUGUCCGAAGUGAUGCUGAAGUCUUGGCCAAGUGAACAACAACAAACAUCAGCUAUCCUAUCACACAUACUAGAGUGGGGUGCAUUCUCUUUCUUCCUGCAGUUCUAUGGAUCAAAAACUGAUAGCAUGCUUCUACCUGAGUGUGUUGAGAAAAUUAUUUGUGCCAUAUCUUUACUGGAAGCGCUUUGCAGGGAAAUUAUGGAAGGAGCCAUCAUGGUUUCCACAUUCAAUCUUGUUUGGCCCCACAAGGAAAGAUUGAAGGAAAUGCUUCAAAUCUUGGCCAAAAACGAUAAACCCGGGGAAAGAAGUUGCAAUGAAACUGACUGUGUGAUGAAGCCUAGCUGUGUGAUAACAGCAUUGGAAUAUCGUUAUGCCGAACUCAAGGCCUUUGAAGAGAAAAGAGAAAAAAUUCGUGAAUUUCUAAGACUGUGUGAAAGGAUUUCCCAUGUCUCUGCAGAUGAACUGAAGAUGAAAUGCCAAACGAAAGUCAGUGAAUGUUUGUUUGAAUCCUUUUGUUUGCCAAAACCUGUGCAUUCUACUGACGACACAGAGUACCUGCCAGUGAUCACUAUGUUUGAGAUAACACCAGUUUUGGAAGCAGUCCUGAACAAGAUUCAUCUACAGGAGAGUGAGAUUUUCAUUCAUCUGUGGGAGGACUUUGGCAGACAAGCUCAGAAGUCUGCCAAGAUGCUGACUCUUGAAGAUGCACUUACCAAGGUCUUCCAGCCAGCUGAAACUGAAUGGUUGAAUCUACAAGUCAGAUUCCGCAGUGGAACCCUGAGUUUCAGAGAGGUAGAUAAACAUUUUGGUCCUGAAAGAGUUGAAGAGGAUAAGCUCCUACAGGAAUUUGUACUUUUUAAUGGUGGUAUUCUUGAUGAUUUAGUGACCGAGAGACUGAAUCAGGUGAAUCGUUAUUGGGAUCUGAAACUCCAUGUCAGAUCAGCAAACGCCAUUCUUGACUUGAAGAAAGCCUUGCAUUUGACCAAAGAAUUCAAGGAGAUGGAGCUGAUUAUAUCCUCCAAAGUGGGAAACAAUCCUAAAGGCUGCCUCAAAAGCAUGGAUCAGUCAGUGGAAAAGGUGACCAAAACACUGAAUAACUUAAACCCAGAACGUCAGGAAUGUCUCCUUGUCUUUUCCAAGUGCAAACCUCUGGUAGAUUGGUUGAACAAGGAAAUUCGCAGUCAAAAGGAACUGAAAGUUUUUGUGGACUUGGCAAGUAUUUCUGCUGGGGAGGGAGACAUGGAGAUCAAGAAGGUGUCUAUGCUGCAUGCUGCCACCACUGGUUACUCACCACUGCUUUUUGACCUUCCAAAGGACAUCAGCUGCAAGGAGUUCUUGAAGAGGUGUGAUGAAGUCUGGAAGGCCUUGGAAGCAGACUCAGACUUGCCCCAGAAGUUGGAGGAUUUGAACCGUCACCUGAAGUGGUUGGAAAUGGUGAAGGCAUCCCAUGGAUCCGUGGAGGUCUCCUCUUUGUCACAGGCUGAAGCCAUCAACAACAAAGGGAUUUACAAGAUUGGGAGCAUUCCAAAAUACAAAGUGCAGCAGAAGAGUCUUGAUUCUACCAUUCAACUUACUAUUGUUGAAAACAAGGAAACAGAAACAGAACGACGAGAGUACAGUUACUCUCAGCUUCACGACUUACAGAGCAGACUGAUGCUUGUGGCAGGCCAGGCUGAGAAGGGGAAGGAGGAAGUCGUCCGCUUUACAGAGGUUUUGGAUUCUGUGACAAGGCUGGCCAAUGCUUACAUCAAACUUUGCCAGGCUGGCAAUGUGUUGUUUUACAAUCUGAGUAUUGUCAUGUACAACAGGUCUCAGAAAGUUCUGGUGGAUUUCGGACAAGAUAAGCUCCGUUUGAAUUGCUCAUGCAAAGAUGUGAAUGAAGAAGCAAUACUUCUGGCAAGGUUCUUGGAGAAUUGCUUGGAGGAUUGGCUGAAGUACUAUGGGGAUCAACGCUCCAAGUAUUUCUGUCUGAAUCAUUACACUAUUGAGCAAUUAGUGAUUCUCCAGGGAGAACUGGUGAAAGUGAACCAUCAGAAUAAUGUGACAAACACGAUCUUCCCAUUGCUGGAAUGUGUUAAGCCACACUGUAAUAAGAAGGAUCUCUUAAUUGCCAUGGACAGUGCCCUGAAAAGGGUAAACAGUCUUGAGGAAGAAACAUGCCGACCCACUGACUACCUGGAAGACGUGAAAGCAGAGUUUGUGGCCGCGAUAGAGAAAGGUGGAUACUCCAAGAAAGAUGCACUUCGAGCUCUGGAGGCCGGGGAAAAUCCAGCAGAUCCUGAAGCAGGUUUGAUGUGGUGCGUGGAGAAUCCAGGCUUUGAUUCUGAUAGUGAUGAGGACGGUGAUGGAUCUUUCCCAGAAACCCAGAGACGUUUUGAGGGAUGGUCCCUCAAUAGGUCUUCACUAGAAACAGUUACAGAAGAGGCGCUGACUGGUGUGAUUGAGAAAGACAGAAGAUUGUGUGAAAAACUGGAAGGUGUGUGGAACAAUUUCAAGGCGGCUGUGUCUGGAAGCCUGUCUAACUACAUGAGUGUUGAACAUCUUGGUAUAGUGCUGUCAGAACUGGCUCAGCUAGCUCCUGAGGAAAUCCUGUGCAAAAGUCUUCCUGCAGGAUUUAAGACAGGUGAACCUAAUCUGAUUGUGUGUUCACAAGCUGACAUCCUUGGGGUGACCUUGUCAAUCUACACAUCAGGAGUAGAGGAGACAUCCCCCCUUCCCACAACCUCAGAGGUCCUCCUCUGUACAGGCACAACAACACUGGACCAGGUGGAUAUAUUCUGGAGAAGAGCAAUCUUUGACCCGUCUGGCAAGACAUAUUGUUUGGUUAAUGCAGACAAACUGGACUAUGAUGUCAGUGACAAAGCAGAACGUCGACUGGAAGUUUACAUGGAGAACCCAUUGAAGACUAAGGACUACAGAAUGGUGGUGCUGUGCUCAUCAGAAAGAGAACAGAGAUCCCGGAUAGUGACAGCUCUGGAAAAGUACAAAAGACCUGUGUUUGCCACACAAGAAUCGCUGAGCAAGUGUAUUCAGGCUAGACUUACUAAUGAGGAUCUCCAUGCUGCUUCGUGUGUAGAUAUCUCACAUUGCACUGUGAGGGUUAUCAGGUCUUCACGAGCUGGAGUUGGCAAGACAUUGUACAAGAACCGUUUAGUGGAGAAUCUUGAGCAGAACUUUCCUCAUGCAAGAAAACGUAAGGUAGUCCACAGCAUUCCACUCCACGGCAAAUCCGUGGAUGUGUCCAGGGUGGUGGACAAACUUCUGGGUGACACCCCAGCACCAGGACAAGGCAUCCCAAGGAUCAUCCACUUUGAUGUGGCCUAUGAGGUGCAAGAAGGAGUGGAUUUCCUCCUCUUCAACUUGCUCAUUUUGGGCGCCAUACAAAAUUCCAAAGGUUUUAUGUGGCGGAAAACUGACUUGGAUCUGUAUCUGGUAGAAACUAUGCCUCUGAUGGUCAGAGAAUCUGAUCAACAGGCUUUCAGGUGUGCACACAGCACAUUGAACUUCUUACCUUCAAUCGAGUGCAGAUCCCCUCAGGAGAGCCUGGAAAUUCUGAUGGAGAAUGCCACAGGAUAUACUGGGAGUGACAGGCUUUUUGACGAACAGGAAUUUAAAAGUGCCACAUUUCAAAGACCAUUCCAGUACCUGAGAAGAGUGGAUCAUGCAGACUUCCAGAGUGUGAACCCCAACACUACAGAAGGGAACCUGAUGGAGUGCCUGGAAAUCUUACUUAGACACUGUGGCAUCCCUGACCCCUCAUGGACAGAACUGCGCCACUUUGUGUGGUUCCUGAAUGUCCAGCUGAAGGACUGUGAGUCAUCUGUGUUCUGUGGGGCAGCAGCUGCUGGGGAUUUGCCAGGAUUCCUUAAAUUUGUGGUCAGAUUCAUGGUCAAGAUGUCACGGGACUUUGCUACAAGAUCACUGAAUCUUUCUGAAGAGACCCCAACCUUUUGUGAAGCUCCAGAUGAAGCUGAGGAUGAAGAGGAACUACUGGAGAGGUACCAGAUGCGGAGAACCUGGGAGAGCAGCCCACAUCCGUACAUCUUUUUCAACCCAGACCACAAUUCAAUGACUUUCCUAGGGUUUAACAUCGUAGGCCAAGCUGGGGAUAUGGUGGACCCACAGACCAAGGAGGUUUUGGGCAGCAUUAUGCCACGACAGCUACAACAAGCUCUAGUGAGAAACAGAGUACCGCUGACUGAACACUUUGACAGUCUCCCCAGAGAGCAGAAACUGAUAAAGUUGUGUCGUGUUAUGGGGAUUGAGGAGAUGUAUGAUCCAGAUCAUACGUACGAGCUUACCACAGACAACGUCAAGAAAAUGCUGGCCAUAUAUAUGAGGUUCAGGUGUGGCAUUCCAGUCAUUGAUGGAGAGACAGGAUGUGGAAAAACCAGAUUGGUCAAAUUCCUCUGUUCUCUACAGAAACCACCUGAGCUUGAGACUGUCCCAAACAUGGUCCUGAUGAAGGUCCAUGGAGGUACAACUGAGGCAGACAUCAUCAGGAAGGUGAACCAAGCCGAGGAGAGGGCAAAAGAGAACUGUGAAAAGUAUGGCUCAGGCAUGUUUACUGUGCUGUUCUUUGAUGAAGCAAACACAACAGAAGCCAUUGGUUUGAUCAAAGAAAUCAUGUGUGAUGGCUGCAUGGAUGGAGAGCCCUUACACCUGACCUCUAACCUCAAGAUAGUGGCUGCCUGUAACCCGUAUCGCAAACAUUCAGAUGAGAUGAUAAGAAGACUGGAGCAGGCAGGCUUAGGCUACCAUGUUGAAGCAGAGAAAACUGUGGACAGACUCGGGUCUGUACCAAUGAGGAGACUAGUAUACAGAGUCCAGGCCUUACCUCAGAGCCUGUUGCCACUUGUCUGGGACUUUGGUCAGCUCGACACCAUCGUGGAAAAGAUGUACAUACACCAGAUGGUGCAGAAUUGCUUUAAGAAAGAGCUGUUUGAAGAUGAAGACACCAUCCAGUCUCGCCAGUUUCCAGAACAGGUGACCACAAUCUUGGCAGAAUCACAGGAAUUCAUGAGAGGGCUGAAGAAUGAAUGCAGCUUUGUAAGUCUGCGUGAUGUGGAGCGUGCCCUGAAGGUGAUGUGUUGGUUCUAUGAACAAAGUCGAGUCACAGAUUUGUUUGACACAAUCCACAUCAAGGUCAGAGGCGACAUGUCAGAUGAAGACACUUCUGAAACAGAACAAGAAGAGGACAGCAUGCCACUGACAGAAGUUAGUGAUCUGGAGGACUUGGUCAGAUCACUUGUGCUUGCAAUUGGGACCUGUUACCAUGCCUGUUUAAGCAAUGAGUCAAGGGUUGAUUACAGAAAACAUAUUGUUAGGUUCUUCCGAGAGCUUGCCUAUUGUGGAUUUGAUGAGGAGACCCUACUGAAAGAGAUCACCAGCUGUCAAGAUGCCUUUUUGGAUGAGAUGAAGAUUGGAGACAACAUAGCCAGGAACCAGGCCCUCAAAGAAAACGUUUUCAUGAUGGUGGUGGCUAUUGAACUUCGUCUGCCAUUGUUCCUGGUUGGCAAACCUGGCAGUUCCAAAUCUCUGGCCAAGACCAUAGUGGCAGAUGCCAUGCAAGGAAGUGCUGCUCAUGGAGACCUGUUCAAGGAAUUUAAACAAGUACAGAUGGUGUCUUUCCAAUGUAGCCCACUUUCCACUGCUGAUGGGAUACUGGGGACUUUUCGUCAGUGCUCUCAGUUCCAGAAAGACAAGAACUUGAAACAGUUCGUCUCAGCAGUUGUCCUCGAUGAGAUUGGGCUGGCGGAAGACUCUCCUAAGAUGCCCUUGAAGACUCUCCAUCCAUUAUUGGAGGAUGGUUGUCAGGGCGAUGAGGAACCUGAACCUCACAAAAAGGUGGCAUUUAUCGGGAUAUCUAACUGGGCGCUGGACCCUGCCAAGAUGAACAGAGGUGUAUUUGUCCAGCGAGAGGUGCCAGAUGCUGAGGAACUGAUGGAGAGUGCAAAGGGUAUAUGCUCAACAGAUAAUCGCGUCAGCUCCAAGAUCAAACCAUUCGUCCCAGCCAUGUCAGAAGCUUAUCUUCACCUGUUUGAAGAAGCUACUCGACAGAGGAGAGAGUUCUUUGGUUUGAGAGACUUUUACAGCCUCCUGAAGAUGCUUUACGGAUUUGUUAGGAAGUCAAAACGAAAACCGUCAUGGUUCCAACUCCAACAUGCCAUCAAGAGAAACUUUGGGGGAUUAGCUGGCAUAGAUCCAGUGGUGUCCUUCAGAGAAAAGCUGGCAGAACUGAUUGAUGUCCAUGAUAAGCCUGGUCGAAAUGACCCAGACUGCUCAGCUGCUGGCCUGAUCAAAGCUUGUCUCCUGGAUGUCACCUCUGACAGUGAAAGCAGAUACCUGCUACUUCUGACGGAGAAUUAUGGAGCCCUGACCAUUCUGCAGCAGCAGAUACUGACCCAGACUUCUGCUGGCCGGGCACCCAUCACCAUUUUUGGCAGCAGCUUCCCCAAAGACCAGGAGUACACACAGAUUUGUAGGAACAUCAACAGAAUCAAGAUUUGUAUGGAGACAGGCAACACUGUGAUUCUGCUGAACCUGGAAAAUCUGUAUGAGAGUCUGUAUGAUGCCCUCAACCAGUACUAUGUGUACCUGGGAGGGGAGAGGUUUGUAGACCUGGGACUGGGAACACACAGAGUCAAGUGUCGUGUGCACAAGGACUUCAGGCUUGUGGUUGUCGCUGAAAAACAAGUUGUGUACGAGAAAUUCCCGAUCCCUCUGAUAAACCGAAUGGAGAAGCAUUUCCUGACUGUGGGGACGAUCCUGAAUAAUCAGCAGUUGGCCUUAGCUAGACAACUGCAAAACUGGGCGGAGCACUUUGCCAGCUCACGUACCAUCCACACACCAAGAUCAUCAGUGAAGAAGGCUGUGCCUGGUGAUGCUUUUGUUGGUUACCAUGCAGACACAGCUGCCUCCGUCAUUUUGCACGAGUGGACAAAGAUAUGCUCUGAGACAGAAAACGAUGAAGUGGUCGAUCUGGAGGAGCAGGUGUUAGAGUCUGCCAAACGAACCCUGUUGUGGUGUGCCAGUCCCGAUGCUGUAUGCAGACUGAAGGCAUCCAAACUGCCAUUAGAAGCAGAUGAUUGCACACAGAUAUAUUUUCAUGAACAGAAACAUGAAAGUUUGCAAGAGUACCUAGCCUGGAAGAUUGUCUGUGAAGGGGAGAUAUCAAGCCUGAUUCAGGUGACAAGCCACUCAAAACUGCUAUCAGUAAGGGACACAUGGGACCUGAGCCAAGCACUUCAGAUGCCACGAGAUGAAAUCACCAUGCUGAGUCUGCAAAGCUUUGACACUGAACAGCAGUUCUGUAGGCAGCUAAGAAAGUUUCUGACGGGCAGUGAGCAGCAGAGACUGUUGAUCAUACAGUGUGACUCUGGGGAUGAGAAUGGGAGUCUGGUGGCUAGCGCUCGCUACAGCACCCUGGAUGAGAUUGCACAACACGCCAACGCCACCAGAGGAGAGUUCUGUAUUGUCCUUAUUGUGCAGCUGCCACGCAUAGCUGGAGGCUGCUUCUCAGGGUUCCAGAUAGGUAAAUGGCAAUCAGUGCACAUAGAUGAGCUUCGCCCUGUGGAGAAAAAUAUCCCAAACAUAGUGAAACUGUUUAAACGCAGUAUUGGAGAGUUGCUUCAGCAACCUGCCCAUCCUGGCAAUGUAACCGCACCACAGUUGGCAACUUUUCAACAAGAUCACUCAGUGCACAUGAAUCCACAACAGCCAGGAGCAAUGGAUGUGGAUGUCGUAGAAGAAGAGGGAAGCCAGAUGGACUGGGAGGGUGAGAAUGCUGGAGCGUUGGCCUCUCCAGCUGCAGGGAACCCUGUUCUGGACACCAGCAUGUUUGUUCACAAAUGUCUGCAGGCAGCAGCCUCCAUGAUUAAGGAUGAUGAUGACAACCACAACAGGACAACUGCACGAGUCCACCUCCUGUUUGAACUGUUGAAUGGCCCCACAGCAGGGGAGUUGAGGUUUACAGAAGUUAUAAACAAACGCCUCGUUGAACUGUUGAACAUCCGUGAACAACGCUUGACAGGUGUUGAUAUUUCACGCUCCUGGCUUUGCGAUGAAGCUGCUAGACCAGAUGUGAUCAGCAGGGCAGGAACAUUGAGACGCUCAUGGAUGCAGGUAAUUGAGAACAAAAUGACACCCCUUUUGGCUGGCAUCAUUGCCUUCAUGGACACUAACAACAACCUGGACCUGCUGAUGCCUGAUGGGGUGUCAGGUGAUGAAAUGUCUGCCUGGAAGAGACACCUGUGGUUGAUGCUUAUGAAUGACCCUGAAGCCACUCCGCUAGACUACCAGGAGCUUCUGUCUCCCAAGAGGAAAAUUGAGCUGAGAGAGAUCUACUCCAAACUGUUUGGGUUUGGUGUGACAAUACCGUCUCCCCAGUUGCCCUUUUCCUGGAUCCUCAUAAGCAAAGUCAGGAAUCUACUGAAAAGCAGUUCUGAAAUAAAAGACACUGACACCAUGGCACGACUCUUGGCUGACUCUGGCAUUGGAAGAGCGCUGAAUUCUGUAAUGGAGGCUGAACACAAGGAUGAACUGCUGACAUGUUACCUGCAAGACUUUAUUUCCGUUAUCCACCCAACCUCCAGCCCCUUUGAACACAAGUUGAUAUGUCAGAGUGUCCAUGCCAUUGUCAUCAGCCGUGACGAUGGCGAAGGGCUAAUCUCUUCAUUGGUUCGAGUGCACCAAGUCUAUGAUGAAUGUCAAGGUCACCUCCAGAACUUCUCCAGUCUGAGCAAGGUUUGGCAGGAUUGUGCAAAGUCGGUGGAACACUUCCUGGAGACAAACCCAGAUCAUUUUGUGCACAGGUCAUCAGAGAUCCUGAUUGACAUCCUUGCCACUGACCAUGUGCUUCAAAGCCUGCAACCGAGCAAAGAGGAAAUGGACACGGCCAAGGGGAAGAAAGUCUGGCUAGAAAAGGUGCUGUCUGUAAAGCCGGUGAUAGAGAGGGUGUGUCUCUCCCAGCAGGAAGGUACAGAUAGGGAGGAGAAGAGGAGGAGACGAUGGGAGGCUCUGACAGAGACCAGGAAUACUUGGAACAGAAUUCAGGUUCUGAAACUGUUCAUUGAACAUGUUUGUCCUCCUGAUGCCAAGGGGGCAAAGAAGUUGAAAUUUGUACGCUGUAUGGCAUUGUGGGAGCUGAUCAAAGAUGAUGUGAAUUUCAAACAUUUGCCAAGUCUUGAGAAAGUGGAAAAAUUUUUGAAACAAAGCAACAAGGGUGCUUUCAGCCAUUUCUUUGGGAUGUCACAACGCUGUGAAAACUGCAAGGAAGAAAUGAAAGCAGUACCUAUGUUACUCCCAUGUGGACAUGUAGUUUGCGAGAUUUGCUUUCAUGGAUUUGCGGCGGCUGACAAGGAAUGCCCAGUUUGUCAUAAAAUCAUCCCAGAGGACUAUAAACCCAAAGAAGCGACAGAUAAUAGAAAAUCCCUGGAAGCUUUCUCAUCCUACCAACAACGCUGUAACAGUUUCUUCAUGGCUUUGGUGUCCCAGCUUUGUUUUGCCAAUGACUCCCCACCAGAUGGCCAGGUUGUCCAAAAACUGAUGGGGUUUGUCACAAAAAGACUUGAGUCAAAACAUCACAGAUAUUGGUUACGUACAAAGACAAUGUCAGUGUUGGACAGUGGCAUAGAUCCUAACCCUGUUGUGAGAUCCUUUCUACUGCAGCUGCUCCUGAGAGCCAGUUCAGAAGUUGAUGUAAUUGAGCAUUUGAGGGACUUCUUUGAUCAGGCCAAGGACGUAUGUAGCGGGCUGGAGGAAAAUGAGGACAACAUACACAACCUGGUGGAGAUGAGUCUGCUGGUCACACAGUGCUUUGAGGACUCAUAUCGUAACAAAAACUGUGCUCGUCAAAAUGAGGACGAGGAACAAGAAGUGCUGUGUGCUGCUCAACUUCUGAAGGAAGCCCGCAGACAGGGUGUAAAAGGUGGCCUAGACGUGGAUGCUCUGCAAAACAUUGCCAGGGUUCGCUAUGGCCUCACAGUGACAGCUAAAAGCCUUCACCGAGUCUUUGUGACUAAUGACAGUACUAUGAUAGCACAGACAGUCUCCUUCAGGAAACUUGUGGAGGGCGCAAGGCUUCUGUGUGAGGAUUGUAGAACAACUUGGCCAAGGGUUUUCCUGAUGAGAGAAAUUUGUCGGUCAUAUGGCUCGCACAGCUUUGAUGUGAUCAGGAAGAAAAAGUUGACAGACUGGUUAUUGCCAGAAGAGAACACCAAUCAACAAGGCAGCCCAGACCAUUACGUUGUCAUUGGGGAUGAGUACCGCAGACUGCGAGAGCUCCUGACUCAAGUCAGCCUGGGAGAAGACAUACAGCAACUGAUGACCUUCUUACAGGCUGCUGGCAUCCAUGAGAACAACGUGAAGACCCGGCUGAUGUUAGCGGUUCACCGAGAGAUAACAAUGACACGAUCAUUGCUAAGUGAAGACCCAGUGACCACCACAUCUCCAGAGAUCAAGAAAAAAAUUCAAGAUGUUUGUCUGGAUGCCGACAGUACUAAUACAGACCUGAUCAACAGGUUAUUUGACAACCAAGUGGGGGUAGACUGUCAUAGACUUGUGGCAGGCCCAGGACUGUCCAUGAGGGACCAGCACAUUGUGUGCCUGGUGUUCCACCUGAUGUGUGUGGUGAAGAACACGAACAACAGCGGUCUCCUGCAGCCACUAGUGGCCAUGGCACAAACCCCAAACAUCAUGAGUGGUUGUUAUUUGCCCACAAUGCCUGAGGAUCACUUAAGUGAGGUGCACCAGGCUCUGUUAGCUGCCAGGGGCACAAGUGCCACACAGGAAAACCCAGUCAUGUACAAAUGUCCACGAGGCCAUCCAUAUGUGAUUGGGGAUUGCGGACGACCGGCGGUGCAAGAUUUUUGUAGAGAACCAGGCUGUGGUUUACGGAUAGGAGGAGCUAGUCACAAUCUGGAACAAGGAAACACAAAAGUAGGAACUUCAGACCAAGAUAUGACAAGGCCUGGCCAUGUUUUGGGAGCCCCGGAAUCACGGUACAGACAUCCUGUUCCAGAAAGGACACUUAACCCAGCCAGCUGUUCCAUCCUCCGUCUUCUCACCCAUGUGGCUAUGUACAUCGGUGCUAACCACCACCCACAAGACGUGGGUAGUCUGAUUCAGUCUGGGGUGAGGACCUGCCUUGAAGACUUCCUCUGGGGGCACAUGUCUGUAGAUUUUGAGGUCAUCCAGGCAGCUCUAGGGAAGGGAUUUGACGAUGUCCUUGUACUGCUUCACCAUCUACUGGACAGGAUACACAAUGAUACAUCACGUGUUGGUGGCACUCACUAUAACCUGAAGGAGAAGGCUGGAAGGUCAAAGUGGGAAGAACAGUUCAACAUGACCUAUGUGUCACCAGUUCUCUCUAGGUUGGAGGAUACUGUUGCUAUGCUGAAUCAGAAGUUGCUGGAUGAUGACCGGCUUGGUUCCAAUACCCUGAUGCGAGUACUGUACGAGGCUGACACUCCGGAGGCGCGCACAGAGCUGGACAGCCUGGUGGAAGUGCCUGCCUUCUGGAGAUACAGGUCCCACAUCUCCCUAGAGCAUCUAGAGCAGGUGUUUAACCAACAGGAGAACCAAGGCCCCAUUGCACGCACCAGUGAACAGUUUGCUCUUCUACAGCUCUUCCUACAACAGGAUCAUGUGCUGAGAGCGAUCCAGUACCUGCCAAGCAUCCUGAAACUGCAGAGACUGCUGAUCCAGAAGUUCCAGCGUAGGAUUGAUGCCUCAGAGGCCAGCAGCAUGCAUCAUAUGCAGGUCUACCAAGAUCUGGAUGGUCACAGUCAGAGAGAGUACAAGAAACUGCUGCAUGAUGUGUCCCAGGCUUGGGACUUUGUCAGGGAAAACAUCCCAUCUUACGGCUGUCCAAGCCCAAAAGGGCGAGUGCAUGUGCCGCGGGAGUACUGUCAAGAAACAGUCAGCAGUAACUCCUGCCUGGCCAUGCUUCUUCCCAGCCUGAGGGGACAAGGGCUCUGUUCCUAUGCCCUCGUUCACUUUCUGCUCAUGAAACAAAACGAAUUUCUACAACAGUACUAUCGUAUCACGGGGAAGGAGAUGUCCAGUGUGGACACGGUGUGCUGUUACCUUGCCAGUUCUCUGACACCAGCUCAUCUGAUCAGCUACGACCCAGACAGAGACAUUCUGCCACUCAUCCUUGCCAACUCAAACUACUCAUUUGAAGUCGGCAAAGGAACACAAGUGCAGUACGACUUCAUAAACUUUCAGCAUCAGCUAGACAGCCGUUUUUUCCAGGGAAAACCCCUCCUCAAAGUCGAACAGGUGGAGACCGUGAUAUUCCGCACAGAAGUUUCCAACGCCAGCGUUUUCAAGACUCUGCGAGAGAAAAUCAAACAGGUGUCACUGUGGCAGGGUGUGAAGGCACAGAUCUGCAAGGAGCUGCGCUCUGUCCCCGACGUCUGCAGCGCUCUGGCUAACGUGGAUGUCAGUAUCAGCUUUCUGGUGUCUGCCCCACAGCACCCAGAGCUGAACCUGGAGGACUUCAUGGUGAAAACCCUCAAGAUGAAUGAGCCGCUCUACAGCCCACAGGCCAAGAAGCAUUGUCUGUUCCAGCAUGUCCAGGCAUUGUGGCUUCUGCUCUCUCUAGAGAAGAUGAGACGCCUCACACAUAAUGGCCAGGAUGCAUUUGAAGGUCUGGAUGCAGUAUUCCUGACAGAAUUGACUCAAGAACAGGAGGAAUUACUAAGGAAGUACCUGAAGAAGCUAAAGGGCAACAAACUGGACCUGUUUAUUGAGCAGCUCCAUGAUUGUCUGGUUCUGAGGAUCGCUGUGUCACAAGACAGGACUGCUGAGGACUUCAUGGACGUGGAGCAGAUGAGAUUGCGUGACAUGUUAAUGGGUCAUGUGGAAUCCUCUCUGUAUGAGGGCAUGGCUUCCACAGUCAUGACACAGCCUGAUCUCCACCUUCAAGACUUCCCAGAGGACAUCCUCUGUAAGCAGUCUGCGGCUGUCCUCCAUCAGGCCAUACGUCAGGAGAGAUCGUCCCCCUACCAGUGACAUGGAGAGCCAUAUGUCUGGUGUCAGUGCCAAGAACUACAAGUACUUCUUAAUGAAGUAUACAGUAAUUGUCCUAGAAGAGACUGUCCAAACUACAUGCACACAUGUAGUACAUCAAGAAAGCAUUAAAUGCUAUACAACUUAGAAAAAGAGGUUUUUCUUUCUCUUACUUUAUGAAUACACAUGAGUAAUGUAACAAGGAGCUAGGAAAUGUGUUCUGUUCCGAAUAAGGAGCCAUUUAAAACAGUUUUGUCACAUUGACCAAGCCUUUGAAAGCAUAUGUACUGGGCAUGUGAUGCAUAAUAUUUGUGAACAUAUUCAUAGAGAAUGUCUUCAGUGAUCCUUUUUUGCAUGUCUGUUCCACUUUAAUGUACAUGUAUAAAACAAUAUAUCCUUUGCUUUAAGAUUUGACCUUUGUUGUCGAAAAGUUAGACAGCUAUAUAUUUUAUAUCAGUUGUAGUUGAGCAAAGAAUAUAUAAACAGUACAACCCCAUAGGAAUGUACAUGUACAGUUAUAUCAUAAUACAACCCCAUAGGAAUGUACAUGUACAGUUAUAUCAUAAUACAACCCCAUAGGAAUGUACAUGUACAAUUAUAUCAUAAUACAACCCCAUAGGAAUGUACAUGUACAGUUAUAUCUAAAUACAACCUCAUAGGAAUGCACAUGUACAGUUAUAUCUAAAUACAACCUCAUAGGAAUGCACAUGUUUAGUUAUGUCUUAAUACAAACCCAUAGGAAUGUACAUGUACAGUUAUAUCUAAAUACAACCCCAUA